AUGGGUCGCAAAUUCAGAGGUGGAAAGAAGGGCAAGGGUCGCGGCGGCGGCAACGCCACUGGCGGUGAUCGCGGUCGCCAGCCUCGCAGCGAGUCGUGGCAGUCGUACCCUGCCGUCAAGAAGGAGAACGAGAGGCUCCAGCGUUACUACAACACCAUCAUCGGCCUCUCGGAGGAGGAGCAGGUUCCCUUCUGGGAUGCGCUGCGCAGAGACCUUCCCAACAGCUUCCGCUUCUGCGGCUCCAAAGGCCACGCCUUGGCCGUGAAGAAGCUCCUACAAAGUCGAUACAUGCCCGAGAUCGAAAAGAUCGAACACGCCGACGGGCGCGCCGUCGAGCCCCCCAAGCCGUUGUCGUGGUACCCCAACGAGCUUGCUUGGUGGAUGACCACCCCGAAGAACAUCAUCCGCAAAUACCCCCCCUUCGCCGCCUUCCAGAAGUUUCUCGUUUCCGAGACGACCGUCGGCAACAUUAGCAGACAGGAGGUUGUCAGCAUGAUUCCCCCUCUUCUGAUGGACGUUCGCCCCGGCAUGACCGUGCUGGACAUGUGCGCUGCGCCUGGCAGCAAGGCCGGCCAGCUCCUCGAGAUGAUUCACCAGGGCGAGGAGGCAAGAGUCCGGAAGGUCCUGCGUGCGUUCGCCAAGGAGGACGGUCUUGACCUCGGCGAGGAGACGGAGGAGGAGCGCCAGGCUGACCUCGAGGCCGACCCGGCGGAUGCUGGCCGCACCACUGGUCUUCUGAUUGCCAAUGACGCCGACUACAAGCGCGGCCACAUGCUCGUUCACCAGCUCAAGCGUCUCGGCUCUCCGAACUUGCUCGUCACGAACCACGACGCCACUCAGUACCCCUCCAUCAAGCUCCCUUCCGACCCGGCGACCCCGAACAAGCCUCAGUACCUCAAGUUCGACCGCAUUCUCGCCGACGUGCCCUGCUCGGGCGAUGGCACCCUGAGAAAGAACAUGAACUUGUGGAAAGAUUGGCAGCCCGGCAGCGCGCUGGGUCUCCAUGUCACUCAGGUCAGGAUUCUCCUGCGCGCCCUUGCCAUGCUCAAGGUCGGAGGCCGUGUCGUCUACUCCACCUGCAGCAUGAACCCCGUCGAGAACGAGUCUGUCGUCGCAGCCGCCAUUGACCGCGCCGGUGGUCCCGACAAGGUUGAGAUCCUCGACUGCAGCAACGAGCUGCAGGGACUCGUCCGCGCUCCUGGCAUGCGCAAGUGGCAGAUCAUGGAUAAGUCCGGCAGGCUAUGGGGCUCGCAGGCCGAGGUCGACGAGUACACCAAGAACAGCGCCGACGGCAUCGCGCCUGGCAGAAUUGUCGAUACCAUGUUCCCGCCCGUGGAGGGUAGCGUGGGCGCGGACAUUCCUCUCGAGCGCUGCAUGAGAGUCUACGCUCACCAGCAGGAUACCGGUGGCUUCUUCAUCACCGUUUUGCAAAAGAAGGCCGAGGUCAAGAUCCGCCCCGAGGACCAGAAGAUUGACGACGCGACGAAGUCAAACGGGAACACGGCAGCCGCCACCCCCGUGGCCGAGGAGACGAAGCCCGAGGAGAAUACUGAAGAGAAGACCGAGGCGAAGACUGAGGAGGCACCCGCGGCUACCGAGACCGGCAAGCCGGAGGAAAAGAGUGAGGCAAAGGCCACGACCGAGGCCGACGUGCCCGAGCAGGAUGCUAUAAACGGCGCUAAGCGGCCGCGGGAAGACGACACGGCUGACGGUGAGACCCAAGAGACAAAGAAGCCCAAGCUCGACGCGACACAAGAGAAGCCUAAGAGAUCCAACCGCAACAUCCACGGCCAGGUCGAGGAGCCCUUUAAAUACCUCGACCCCAAGCACGAGGUCAUCAAGAACAUCAAGACCUUUUACCACGUCUCGUCACGCUUCCCCGAGGACCGCUUCAUGGUGCGCAACGCCGCGGGCGAGCCGGCCAAGGCCAUUUACUACACCUCGGCGCUUGCGCGCGACAUUCUCGUCGAAAACGAGGGCCGCGGCAUCAAGGUCAUCCACGGCGGCGUCAAAAUGUUCAUGAAACAGGACGCCCCCUCGGCCGAGAUCUGCCGCUGGCGCAUCCAGUCCGAGGGCAUGCCGAUCCUGCAGGGCUACGUCGGCGAGCAGCGCGUUGUCCGCCUCACGACCAAAGAGACGCUCCGCCGCCUCCUCAUUGAGAUGUUCCCCCGCAUUGCCGACGGCGAGUGGGAGAAGAUGGGCGAGAUUGGCGCACGCGUCCGCGACAUCGGCAUGGGCUGCUGCGUGCUCCGCGUCGAGCCCGACGGCUCCGACCCGGCCUUCAGCGAGCGCAUGGCGCUGCCGCUGUGGAAGAGCAUUCACUCGCUCAACCUCAUGCUGCCCAAAGAGGACCGCACCGCCAUGCUGCUGCGUAUCUUCAACGACACGACGCCGCUCAUCAACAACAGCUUGCAGAAACAGCGGCAGAUCGAUGAGGCGGCCAGGGUCAAGGCGGCGGGAGAGGCCUCUGCCGCCGAGAAGGAAAACGUCGACACCGAGGAAGCCAACGACACCGAGGAUGUCAUCGACAUCGAGGACGCCCCAACGCCUGAGGAGAUGGACCGAGACGAGCCCGAGCCCACCACCACGGCUACCGAGAACUCUUGA